UCCUGCACCCUCAGACUGAAAACUGUUGGAACUAUUUCACCUUUCUUUUCUAGUUUCUAAAGAACCUUCUCUAAAUUCUCUAGUUUGGUACAUGACACACAUCUGUGAUUUCAACUGUGGCAGGUUGAGCACUCAGCUGCAUCAUGGCUGACUGGGAUUAUGAUUAUCUGAUCAAACUGCUAGCGUUGGGGGACUCCGGGGUGGGAAAGACCACCUUCCUCUACAGGUACACGGACAACAAGUUCAACCGCAAGUUCACAACCACAGUUGGCAUUGACUUCAGGGAAAAGAGAGUGAUGUACAUGGGGACAGGUGCUGAUGGGACCACUGAGAGGAACUUCAAAGUGCACCUUCAGCUUUGGGACACAGCAGGACAAGAGAGGUUCCGCAGCCUUACUACAGCUUUCUUCCGAGACGCCAUGGGCUUUCUGCUGAUGUUCGACUUGACCAAUCAGCAAAGUUUCCUCAACGUCAGGAACUGGAUGAGUCAGCUCCAGGCCAACGCGUACUGCGAUAGUCCAGACAUCGUGUUGGUGGGCACCAAGGCCGACCUCAGAGACGUGAGGGAUGUUCAUGCCAGGCAGGCCAGAGAUCUGGCAGACAGAUACGGCAUCCCAUACUUUGAGACGAGUGCAGUGUCGGGUGUUGACGUGGACAAGGCGGUGACCACCCUGCUGGACCUUGUGAUGAAGAGGAUGGAGCAGAGCACCUACAGGGGCCAAAGCUCCGAACCCAACGGCAGCCCUGUAGCCAGCCAUGAGGUGGAGGAGGCCCCCGUCAGGAGGAGGUGUGCCUGCUGAUGUCGCUGUCAGCAGUGGCUGCAGUUUGAGACGCUACUUCCUGCUAGAUGAGGAAGAAGAUCAUUUGAGGUGGUAAAAUCUACUAAAAUAUGAUCCAUACCUGAGAGCUCUGUAACUCUGGUCCAUUUCAGUGAACAACAGUAUUGUUUAUUCAGCAUGAAUUCAGGGUUUCGGCAGUGUUAAUCAUAUUAAAUUCAAAAUGUUUUCACACCUUUUAUACAAUUUAAUAGCUGUUUUCUGUCAUACUGGUCAAAAAAAUGACAGAACACCAGUUGGGACAAAAAGGCCUACGAUUUUUUAUUAAGUACAUGAAUUUAUUGACAUUUAUAUCACAUUUUUUGUCAGUACUUCCCAACUGUAUAUAACAAUAUUUACUAGUAAUAUCAAUCAAUCACAGAUCUGAUGAUGCUGAAUGAAACUCCACAGAAAAAGGAUUUAAACAGCUUCCUGCAGCACGAUCAGGAGGUCACUUGUAGUUUAUAGAUGUAUACAAAAAAGUUAUAACUAAUAACUUGUCUACAGCAGGCAAGAACAAUAUUUACGAAUUUUAAUCCCCUCUUAGGCCUUCAAUGCCUUUUAAGACUUUUCAAGACCUGCAGAUACCCUUUCUCUUGAUAUUAUAUCUGUCUGUAAUGUUAUUUAUUCACCUGCCUGUGUGUAUUGUUAGAUGAGACAAAGGAAGAAGAGGAGACUUAAAAAAGUGUAUAUAGUAACUGAAUAGACAGAUAGAUAUUGUUGUAAAAACUGGAAUGUUUUAAAGACACCACAUGGUUGUGAUUCAACAAAAAAAAAAAAAGACAAAUUAUCCUUUUCAAAUGGGUCACGUCAGAGAAAAAUACCAUUUUUAUUUGACACAAUGAGGCAUUGAUGGAAGGAAUAUGCAGGCACAUAACGUAUAUUUAUCAUGAAGUAUAAUCAAAAAACAUUUAAGACAUGGUUACAUUUCUUAUAUGGAUGAUUGUUUUUGUUAGAACAACCAAGAUAGCAAAGUCCCUUACAUGAUUUAUGACUUUUAUACGACAUGUACAUAAGCAGCCAAGCUUUUUUUUUUAUGCCUUAUGGAACAAAGUUGCCAUGCAGAUUAAACAAAGUACAAGAAUGUUAAAGGGUUGUUGGAACGAAUCCUGCUGCAUUUUGAAUAAAGACAUUUUAUGUUUAAAGUUGAAUGUCACUGUAUUGUUGUUUAAAUGUAAUGCACAAAAAGCUACACUGUUAUUUUGACUUGAGUAACAAUCCUCACAGAAUUAGUUAGCAUCGUUAUCUUUUACACACACAUUCUACACAAUGAUUUUGAAAAUCAGGAGAAACAUGUUUGGAGAAGGAAACAUGUCCAGCAUUCAUGUCAGUGGUUUCGUCAAACAUCAAAUAAAUCUGUAGGAGGACAUUCAUGGAGUCACAAAUAAAAUCCACCACAUUACCUUGGCUGAAACCGAAAAAAAAGCAAACAUUUUAAAUAAUAUUUGUGCCACAACAAGUGAUAUUCAACAUCAAAUUCACAAAAAGGUAUAUUCCAUUACAUCUGCAAUAAUACCUGUUGGUAAUUGUCAUACAUCUUCCAAAAUCCCAAAUCAAUCCACAUCCAGCUAUGUGAUCUUUGGUGUACCUACAAAACAUUCCUACUGUAGUGACUACAGAAAUUAUUCUUCAACGUACACAUCCAUGACAUCAAUUAUAUGGUCUAAAAUUCAGCAACUUUUUAAAAAUUAGAUUUGUGUUUUAAUCGUGGUUUUGGUGACUGUGCUGUGAUUCGAGACAUAUAUUAGCUGAAAUGCUCAUCUCGCCUAAGGAGACAGACAAAAAAACGCUUUGUGUGGGAAAAAAGAUGGCAAGCAAAUGCCUACCACACUAAAUCUGAAUGAGCACAAAAGCACACACACAUUACAUCUGGUCGAUUUGAAUGACUGCAUUGCUCUGUGUAUUAAACCUCAUCCGCAGCCAGAAUUGCAACAAGUAGCACAUGUUGCAGAGUCAUGAGACGGUCAUGUGGCUAGCUUUCAGUGUUUGGGCCCAAAUCAUCCUCAGUCACCAACCCUGACCACCAGUAUGCUUCAGUCUGGCAUUAUAGGGUGGUCUGAUUUUGAGAGAACCCAAGAUUAUCUACAGAUAUAAAAAAAUAAAGCUUGUUCAUUUUUAAGUCAUCUAAGACAAAACAAUCUGUAGAGGUUUGGUCCCGUGUGGAAUAUAGCAGUAGAGUAAAUUUUUUUUGUUUUUUAGCCUUCAGACAUCUCUCAUACAAAGUCACUGGUGAUAUUCUUCAGAAAUACACCGUCAGGAAUACAAACAAUAGCAAAGAACUAAAUUUUACCCUCAAAACAAUCUUCAAAAAGGUUGUAUAAAACUAGCCUAAAAGAUUUGUAAGUGCCUCUCUCAUGCAAUGUCAUUUAAAUGGAUCAUGCUCUUUAUACAAGAUGCAAUAAGUCAUAUAACAUUCAUUCGUUUCUCUGCUUUAUGUCACAUAUUGGAAUUGAUAUGAUUACAUGAUGAAUAAAUAACUUUUCCCCCAGUCAACAAAAGCUCUAUAAUAAAUAGUGUAUUCUCUUAUUUAAUGUUUUUAGAAUUUAAAUAUUGGUACACUUCAAGAUCAGUUGUUGUAUAUUAAAUUAUUGAAGAAAAUGUAUUGAAUUUCCUGAUGUUUUAGCCACGCUAAUGCUGUUAUUUGGGUGGUCUUUAAUUUAGCUGUUAAACAUCACAGCUUUUUGCAUUAACUGGUGGUAAGAAUAGCAAAAUUAUCUCCAUUUUUCUUUCAAAACAGUUGGUUGCAGCUGUUCGUGAAUUCAAACUUAGCUUAUGUUUACUGAGUGGAAAUUUACACAUCACUUAAUUAAAACAGUUUUCACCAAACAAACUAGUUCUUAUGUAAAUAUUAGUUGUUACUAAAUAUUUACACCUACUAAAAACUGUAACUGACGAAAUCAACGUUAGCUAGCUUGCUAAUAUAUGACCUGUUUGGAGUAAAAGAGAUGAUAUCAUUUGGUUGACACAUCUGAGCUGUGUAAUAAUGAUGUAAACAUGGGAGAUUUUAAAUGACAUGACAAAGAUAACACAAUUUAUAUACAAUACGCAAUGUCAGUAAAAGACUAAAUGACCGAAUAAUGUCGGUUAGGUUAGCACAGAAUGGCUCCCGGUUAGCAUAACUGGAUGUUUUCCACUCUCGCUAAACCGCAUGAAUACUACGCCGAAACACAUAUUUCUCCUUGUAUGCACAUACAUUUACGAAGGAUUGGCAGUUUCUAAUUUACCUAAAACUAUUACAUUAAGUUAUGUUACAGCUUACGUUAAUAAAGUCUUUCCUAUCUAAGACAUUUCUGAGUUUUUAAUAGUGCAAACCAAUUUAAAGAGUAUAUCACUAGCUUGAAACUAGCUUGUAGUUAAUUUGGAAGGACUUUACGCAAACUUAGUAAUAAAUUUACAAAUAGCUGGUGCAACCCUAGCAUCCAAUUGUCCAAAAAAUAAAUACCCAGUGAUCUUUUACAAACCCAGAAGGUCUUUUAACAACACUUAAAGUGUGUAAGAUUUUGUGGCAUCUAGCAAUUAGAUUGCAGAUUGCAAUGAAAUGAAUACCCCUUCUCUCCCUCUACUUCCAAGUGUGUAGGAGAACCUGCAAAACUCACAAAAUACGCAAAAGGACCAUCUAGAUAAAAAAACAUUCUGUCCGCUGAAUGAUAAAAAAUAUAUUUUAACCUGUAUUUUCCCCAUUUGUGACUGUGUUUCACAAUUCAAACAAAGAUGGUAGCAUGUAUUUGCUUAAUUUAUACAGCGUGAACCAAAAUUUAACAAUUACAUUAUCUGUUAGACAGUAACAUCAAUAUAGACAAAUCUGUUAUUUUAAAUUUUCAAACAAAUAAUGCAUUAGUUUCUCUUUUGUUGUACAAAAAGAGCAAGAUGUGCCAUUGAUAACUUGCUAGAUAGAAAAUGAAAUUGAAACUUGGAAAAUGGGUUGAAAAUAUUUUUUAAGUGCAGUGGACGUAAUAUUUUUUUCAUCAGAUAGUUACAAGAAGUAAGUUCUGUUAAACAACCUUCUGUGUUUUUCAACGAUGGAUGGACAUUUACAGUAUUUUCGGAAAACUCAAUGCUUAGCUCUGUGACUCUAAUGUAUUAAUGAUAAUAUCUCAGAGCCACAAACUACGACAAGUACAACCCAAUCCAAUAAUGAGUAUUACAGCCUUGCUUGCGUGGCUACAGACUUGUAGUCUCAUUGGAAGGUAUUUUAAAUGUCUUAUUGUCUCAGAACCUAAUGUAGGCCGAUACAACUUUCUAAAAUUCUGUAUUAUAAUGAGAACAUACUUUCCUCUGCCCAUGAAUUUAUGGCUUAUUGUUGGAAUGUUGUUUAUUAUUCCAAAAUUUUAAAGAAUCUAAACAAAAUUUGAAGUGGACAGCUACACUGUCUACACAGAAUAAAAGACACAAGU